AUGGAAUCAGAAGUAAAUAAACGCCAAAAGACGCAAGAUUCCCCAGAAAAUGAUACAAUGAAUGAUGAUAUUACUACCACUAAUGCAACAGCUAGUUCCUCCAAGUCUGACAAAUUCGGUGUCGUCAAAUUUAGAGCCAACUCUGAUAGAAUAGAUUUAUUUUAUGGCGACAGUGGAAUUUCUUUAACUUCAGUCGAAGAUCUUCCAGUAAAAGAAAACAUGAACACUGUUACUUUAGAAGAUAUAAUUUCAAACAUGAAUUUAAAGGAAAUGCUCCAGAUAAAUUAUAUGAUUGACCCAGAAUUUUUAAUGUCCAAAUUACCAUUUAUCAAGCAAAAGACUAUACCGACAACAAUUGUUCAUGGUCAUAAAGACCUUAUUCCAAAAGAUUUUAUAAAUGAAUACAAAAACGUAAAAAUUAUAGAUGCAACAACAGCAACUCAAGCUCAUAAUUAUGGUGUUCAUCACACUAAGGCAAUGAUUUUGUUUUAUAAUAAUGAUACGAUGAGAUUGUGUAUACAUACAGCAAAUCUUAUUCCAGCAGAUUGGGGUCAUAUGACUCAGGCUGUAUAUAUGACACCAAUACUUUAUAAAAAAAGUAAUAGAGAGAAUUCUUGUCAGUUUGAAUCGGACUUGAUCGAUUAUUUGAAAAGUUAUGGAACAAGAUUAUUGCAUUUUUGUCGUCAUAAAGAACAAGAUUUAAACAAAUACGGACAUAUGCGAUUAAGAGCAAUUCUAAGAGAUAAUGUUACAUUGGAACCGGAAUUUCAUGAAAAAAGUCAAGUUGUCUGUCAGACUUCAAGCAUUGGUUCAUUUGGCGUUAAAUGUGACUGGUUGAAAAAUGAGCUUAAAGAAAGUCUCAGCGCAGCAAAAAAUAAAUUAGACUGCACAGAUCCAGAAAUUAAUUUAGUUUUUCCUACAGUGGAAAAUGUUCGCGAUAGUCAAUAUUAUAUCAAACAAAAAGACUAUAUGGAUCCACUUCUUUGUAAAUGGAAAGGCAUGGAUUCUGGAAGAGAUCGUGCAAUGCCACAUAUCAAGGCACAUAGUAAAAUUACUCAUAUAAAUAUUACCUAUACUAGAAUGAGAAUUGAGCGACCAUCUUUUACGGGGGAAGCAUCAAAUGCAAAUAUUGCAUGGUUUUGUCUUACCAGCAGCAACCUAUCUAAAGCUGCCUGGGGUGUUCUACAAAAGGAAAAAACUCAACUUUUCAUUAGUAAUUAUGAAAUGGGGGUUUUAAUCUUUCCAGAACUAUUCAAUACAGUUGAUUAUGAUUCGGUGUAUUUCUUGAACACCACUAUACACGACUUGAAUCCGAAAUUGCCUUUGUACAUUAAUGAACUUGUCAAAAAACCAUUCGAAUCAUUACCAUCUGAAUCAUCAUCAUCGAAAAAAAGAAAAAGGCUUCGAGCACAUAUACAAACUUUAAUUGUUCCGAUUCGUCUCCCGUAUGACGUGCCUUUGACUCCUUAUGAUUUUGAAAAAGACCAAGAGUUAAAAAAAUUACUUCAACAAUAUGAAGAUCCUAAUGAAUUGAUUAACCUUAGAUCUCUUUCAAUGAACAAUACUCUCCUACACUCUAUAGAAGGUUUUCCUACAUUAUCAAAACUUAGGAGGCUUACAAUGGCAGAUAAUAAAAUUGCAAGUGGUUUAAUAGCUUUAUCACAGGCAAAACUUGAAAAUUUAAAUCAUCUUGAUUUGAGUAAUAACAGAAUAAAUGAAUAUGCAGAACUUGAGCCAUUGAAAAACUUAACGAAUCUUAAACAUUUGAGUUUAAUUGAUUGUCCAGUAACAAAAAGGACAAAUUAUCGAGUCAAAGUAUUUGAAACCGUACCGCAACUUUAUACACUUGAUGCAAAGACUAAUGAUGUAGAUGAGGAAUAUGAGGAAGAUGAUGUUGCGCAAUCAAAUGGUCAUGCAGAUUCUGCUGAUGGAGAGGAAGGUGAUGAUGAUGAAGACGAAUUAAGUGAAUUGGAAUCAAGUGGUUCCAAUGUAGAUGACGAAGGAGGAUCUGAAUCUGAACAAGAUAAAAAUCAGGGAGCUAGUGACGAAGAAGAGCCAGUAAAUGACAACUUAAAUGUUGAAAGUGCAAGUAAGCCAAAGGAUAAAGGAAAAUCAGUCGCAUUUCCAGAAGAUUUACCAACAAGAAGAGAUACUGACGAGGAAGAUUACCAACCUGAUGAGGAGGAUGAAGAAGACAACAGUGAUGAUUUAUCAAAUUGUAGUGAUGAUCUUGAUCCAGUUGAUAUGCCUUCAACUAGUGCAGCUGCAGCUGCAUUGCCAUCAUCAAAACGUAAAGUUCGUGUUGAAGAAAAGGAAGAAAUAUCUACAGAUAACGAUGGUAAUAAUAAGGGUAAAUCGAAGAAUGUCAAAAAACGAAAGAUAUAA